CUGGAGGUUGGGGAUCUAAUUACCGGGCCAUAAUUGGGGGCUGGGGAAUAGGUUGCCGUCCUCUCAACUCGCUGCAGAUCAAUUAUGUUAAGAGAACAUCUGUAAGUAGAGCUUAAUGAGGUCCAUUAGAGCAACAUGCGCUGCCUUCCCUAACGGUGCUUGUCAGCUUCUUGGAUGAGCUGGAGUGUGCUGCUGACUGGGGACCUGGUGGAGGGGCUUAAAUAGGAGAGGAGGCUCGACUCUCCGCUGCUUUUUCCUGCCAGAGAGACAGAGAGACAGAAAGACGGGGGAGAAGGGAGAAGGUGAGGAAACAGCGAGGGGGACGAGAGACGCCCUGUGAAGCCGGGGCCGGGGGGGAAAGAAGCCGAGUUUAGGGGGCGAUCUGACAUCCCAACAACUUAAGCAGAGACGCAAGUGUUCUCCAACUCCUGAAGUUUUCUGUUUGGAGUUGGACGAGCUGUGAGAAAGUUGUGGACACGGAGAAGAUAAACACCGCUGAGAGAGUUUGUUUUGGGCAUUCCCGGCUGCACUUUAAGGUAUACAAAUGCUCUCCGUCCAGCCGGACACCAAGCCAAAAGGCUGUGCCGGCUGCAACCGGAAGAUCAAGGACCGCUACCUGCUGAAGGCCCUCGAUAAGUACUGGCACGAGGACUGCCUCAAGUGUGCCUGCUGCGACUGCAGGCUGGGCGAGGUGGGCUCCACGCUCUACACCAAAGCCAACCUCAUCCUGUGCCGGAGAGACUACCUACGGUUGUUUGGCGUAACGGGGAACUGCGCAGCCUGCAGCAAGCUAAUUCCAGCCUUCGAGAUGGUCAUGAGGGCCAAGGAGAACGUCUACCACCUGGACUGCUUUGCGUGCCAGCUCUGCAAUCAGAGGUUUUGUGUGGGAGACAAGUUUUUCCUGAAGAACAACAUGAUCCUGUGCCAGACAGACUACGAGGAGGGGCUGAUGAAGGAGGGUUACGCUCCCCAGGUCCGCUGACCCUCGUAGGCCUACGAGAAGGAAGAGGAGGAGGAAGAGGAGUGGGAGAAAGAGAGAGAGAGAGACUGAUGGAGAGCUUGCAAUCACACAACAAAAAGCACUAUUGCCUCCUGUCCAGCUCCUGUCCCCCACAUGUACAUAACUAAGCAAGCUUCCCUGGGAGGGGAGGGGACACACUCUGCUGUACAGAAUAGCCAUAGAGACGCCAGUGUGGCAGGGAAAGGCCCUGGGAGCCUACAACAAACUACAAGUGUGAAAAAAAUAGUUUGGCCAUUUCUUUGUGUGUGACGGAUGCUGCCUCUUUCCUCCUGGCCAACAAUUACCGGCCUCAGAGCAUUUUCUUACCAACAGCUGAUCCCGGUUGUUGGAAAGCAAAAAAGCAAAAAAAAAAAAAAAAUUAACCCACCCAAAAGCAGUCUUGUCUCAUCUUACCUGACAAGGACAGACAACUUCUACUUGAAUCUAAAACACUGAGGUAUUGUCAAUCAAUGUAAUUUUGAGAUAAAGACCUUUUUACUGUACAUCAGAUUAAAAACACAGUGAAUGUAAACUAAAGAGCGGCAAAAAUAAUGCUGAUGACUAAUUUGUUGGUGUGUAUGUGUGCGCGCUCGCGUGUGUGUAUGUGUGUGUGAGUGUGUGAGCAUGUUGAGGAGUUGUUUGUCAUGCAGUCUCGCAAGGCUUGGUCUGGUCCAUAUCGUCCUUUCAGAACCUUAAGAAUCCAAAACUGAUCACAAGAGUAUCAACAUGCUUUUAAAUCACACAGCUGCAUCAGCUCAUGAGCAUAAAAUUAGAGUUUGCAAAAUAAUUUAUGUGGUUCUCUGGAUGGAUAACAGCUCUCACACAAUCACUACUAGGGCUGGUUAUCAGUACCCAUUACCUUUCAGGUAUUGUCUGAAAUUAUCCAGUACUAGGUAGUAUUGAAACUUCUCCAGUUAAACAAAACCUGCAUUUUUGUACCUAGAUCUAACAAAAAAUGACUAUUUGUAUUGUGUUGCUCACAGCUGAUUACCACAAGCAUUCUUCAGUUUAAUGCAACAUGUCCCUAGCCGAUUACUGCAGCAGCUACAACCCAUGGAGUCUGUUAUGUGGUGAAGUUGAGAGUGGUGUAUCUGAUGGAGUUGGCAGCUCAGCAUGCCAAGAUUCCACCAAAACCUCGGAAAGUAUGGCUAUACUAGACACCUUUGGUGUUUGGUGGCAUUCAAGGGCACUGGUAUCAUAAUUUUUUUUAACAAUACCCAGCCCUAUCACCACUAUGCCAUUAGAAGACAAUUGACCCUUGAAGACAAGAGUCACAUAGGCCUACUUUUCAGAUAGUACCUGAGUGCAAUUGGCCUUUUUUGCUCAAAGUAGGCAGCCUUUAAGUACAUCAAAGCUGCACUGAUUGGUAUCUUUAUAUUAACAAUGACUACUUCUAAUGUGAAGGAGUCUCUCGUAGUGACAAACUCCAGAGAAUCCUUACCUGACUUUCUAACUUUUUAGCCACUAGCCUGCUCAGUACCAAACAGCAGUCAAAGUUAGCGACCAGCUGGUGAAGUAUAACAUUUAGUGGCUAAUUAGCCUGCUAAUGAGUGGCUAAUAUUUUUCACAGCAGCUGGUGGAGACCGAAACAGAGCUAAAAGUAGAGUGAAUAUUGGACUUACUUUCAACAGGUGACCAGAAACAUAACUCCAAUGAGAUGCUAAUGCGCCAUCUUGUAUUAAUGUGCGUUUUGGUGAUCUGAACACAGAUGGACAAGCCAGACAUACUGCCUUCACACCAGCUGACCACUUUUGUUCACAUUUCAUUGCUGCCUAAGUAACUUACACUAAAAGGUCAAAAGCCCCCACUGCACAGUUAUUAAGCCCACACUCUCGCUAGCUGCUCACUAGCGUGCUAGCUAGUCAUAUUAGUGGUUGUGUUAGUACAGCUGGAGAUGUCAUUGUCAGCAGAAUUCAACAUGUUUCUGACCACUGGUAAAAAUGAUGGAUGGUCAACCAACACUUUGUCCAAUUCGCUGGAAAAUGGACAAGUUAUAGAACCUUUGCACGCUGUCACAAAAACAACCUGCAUUGAUAACAUAGUCAUUGGACCCAUGGUUGUAUCUAGAUGGUAACCCCAGAUUGGAGAUUAUGAUCCAUGUUUCAAGUCAUCACCCAACACCAGUGUUGGGUAAGGGUUUCUUUAAAAGUAAUCAAAGUACGUUACUUUUUUUAAAAAAAGUAACGAGUUACUUUACUGCAUUACUCUCUGAGUAAAGUAACUCAAUUACUUUAAAAGUACUUCCAACGUUACUCUCUGAGAAAAGUAACUCAAGCACUUUUAAAGUACUUUUGAGUAUUCUACAUUUCCUAUUGGGCAAUGGACCACAGGACACUAAGCCUACAUUUUUUUGUCUCCAAAAUUAAAGUUAUGGACCACUUGCCCUUCACUGAGAUCCAGUUCUCCCAUCACAGCCGUCACUUUGACCAGUAGAAACACAGAAUGAUCUGCUGCCGUAGACAACUGUAUGACAACAACAC